AUGGUCUCCGAGACACCGUGUGCCGGGCCCUGCCACGCCCAGCGCGUCCUGCAGACCCUCAAUGCGUAUCGGCGGACAGGCACGCUCACCGACGUGGUACUGCGCGCUGGCGGCCGCGACUUCCCGUGUCAUCGCGCGGCGCUCGGCGCGGCCAGCGCCUACUUCCGGUGCCUGUUUGCGGCUGCGCAGAACGACCGCGGCCCGGCCGUACGCGUGGUGCACGUGGCGCCCGAGGCGUCCGCGCCUGCGCCGGCGUCGACGUCGACGUCGGCCGCGUUGGCAGUAGUGCUCGACUACGUGUACGGCGCGGGCGUGCGGCUGCGCGCCGAGGACGAGGCGGCCGCCGUGCUGGCCCUGGCCGAGCGCCUGGGCGUGACGGGCCUGCGCGAGGCCUGCGCGCGCUUCCUCGAGGGCCGCCUGCGCGCCGCCAACAGCCUGGCGCUGCGCCGCGUGGCCACCGCCUUCUCGCUCGCCCCGCUGGCCGAGCGCUGCGGCCGCGUGCUGCGCCAGUCGUUCGCCGAGGUGGCGCGCCACGCGGACUUCCUGGAGCUGGCGCCCGACGAGGUGGCCGCGCUGCUGGCCGACCCGUCGCUGGGCGUGGCGCGCGAGGAGGCCGUGUUUGAGGCCGUGAUGCGCUGGGUGCGGCACGACGCCGUCGGCCGCCGCCGCCACCUGCGCCCCCUGCUGGAGCACGUGCGCCUGCCCCUGCUCGCCCCCGCCUACUUCCUGGACAAGGUGGAGGCCGACGAGCUGCUGCGCGCCUGCGGCGAGUGCCGCCCCCUGCUGCUCGAGGCCCGCACCUGCUUCAUCCUGGGCCGCGAGGCCGGAGCGGCGGCGCUGCGGGCCCGGCCGCGGAGAUUCAUGGACCUAGCUGAAGUGAUUGUGAUCAUUGGCGGUUGUGACCGAAAGGGAAUCCUGAAGCUGCCCUUUGCCGAUGCCUACCACCCAGAGAGCAGACGCUGGACUGCACUGCCUAGCCUGCCAGGAUACACGCGCUCAGAAUUCGCUGCCUGUGCUCUCCGAAAUGAUGUUUAUGUUUCCGGCGGCCACAUCAAUAGCCGUGAUGUGUGGAUGUUCAGCUCCCAUCUGCAAACCUGGAUCAAGGUGGCCUCGCUGCACAAGGGGAGGUGGAGGCACAAGAUGGUGGUGGUGCAGGGGCAGCUGUUCGCAGUGGGUGGCUUCGACGGCCUGCAGCGCCUGCGCAGUGUGGAGCGCUACGACCCCUUCUCCAACACCUGGGUGGCCACAGCGCCCCUCCCGGAGGCAGUGAGCUCUGCUGCUGUGGCCCCAUGCGCCGGCCAGCUCUACGUGAUUGGUGGCGCAGGGCAGGACGGCCUCAGCACCGACAAGGUGCAGUGCUUUGACCCCAAGGAGGACCAGUGGAGCAUGCGGUCACCGGCACCCUUCUCACAGAGAUGUCUGGAGGCAGUGUCCCUUGAGGACACCAUCUAUAUCGUAGGCGGCCUCAUGAGCAAAAUCUUCACCUACUGUCCUGGCACAGAUGUCUGGGGAGAGGCGGCUCUCCUCCCCAGCCCUGUGGAGAGCUGCGGUGUGACUGUGUGUGAUGGGAAGGUGUACAUCCUCGGUGGGCGUGAUGAGCAUGGGGACAGCACAGACAGUGGCUUUACCUUUGACCCCAGCAGUGGGCAGGUAGAGGCUCCCCUUUGUCUGCAGCGCUGUACCAGCUCCCAUGGCUGUGUUACCAUCGUCCAGAGCCUGAGGUGA